GCGAUGAAAAAAUGGUUCCGCCAUCUGCAACCUGUGCAGCUGUACCUAAUGCUUGGGCUCACCACAUUGUUCUUUCUUGUGCAACUUUUUAUGAGUCAUAUGACUCAUGCGCUCACUUUACUCGUCGAUUCAUACCACAUGCUCUGCAAUGUCAUGGCACUAGUUGGCUGCAUCAUCACAAUAAAGUAUGGAAGUGCAAAUGUGGAAAGAGAGGAGGAACAAAGCAGCAAAGAGUCAGAGAAUAGAGAUGUGCUCCCCAGUAUCACGAUUCCUCUUGCAUCUCCUUGCCACAAUCAUAAUGCCACAGCAGGGUGUGCCCAACAUCACCAACGUCAUCAACAUCACCAUCACAACCAUGUCAGCAGCUCAGAGGAGAAGAAGCUGAAGAACACAUUUGGCUGGGCUAGGAUUGAUGUUCUAGUGAUGCUGAGUGGCUUUGUGUUCCUUGCAUCUCUAUGCUUCUCACUAGUGGUGGAAGCUCUCCAGACUUUGGUACACAUUGAUCAUCAAGAUGAAAUGCAUCAUCCUAUUCCUGUAAUGUGUGUCGGAGCUACUGGCUUGCUGCUGAAUGGACUGUGUUAUCUUCUGAUAGGCGGAUACACACUGAACCAGGGAAGUUUCUUACAUGUCACACCAAGCGGUGAUGUCAUUUUGGAUCGUUCAGUAAACAAAGACUCUGUGCGGAAAGGGCAGCGUCGCCUGUCGGCUGAGACUAAUAACACUGCCACUUCACCUCAGGUAUUACAGCGACAGGGAUUACGAGAAAUGUGUCGUGAUGUUUUAGGCUGUCUAAUUGUGAUACUUUGUGCCUUGAUUGUAUAUUUCACGGAGGAGAAUUUUGCAAAAUAUGUUGAUCCAGCACUCUCCAUUCUCUCUGCUGUGCUGCUGUUAAUUCUGAGUUAUCCAUAUAUGAAAGAGUCUAGUUCCAUUUUACUGCAAACAAUUCCAGAUACCAUCAACAUAGAUUCACUGCGCAGUGAGUUGUUAAAAGCCUUCCCAGAUAUCGUUAAUGUCCAUGAUCUUCAUAUAUGGAGACUGACGGCCACGAAGGUGUUCUCGACAGCACAUAUCAUAUUCCUUAAUUCAAGGGAUUACCUAAGAAUUACAAAGGAUGUGACUGAGUUCUUCCAUGACCAGGGGAUCACACAGGUGACUAUCCAGCCUGAAUUUUUCAAGAUGGACAACAAAACCAACUUAAUGCAGCUGCCAAAAUUCCAUGAAUAUCGUUGUCUGGUUCAAUGUCAAGAGCUGGGUUGUUACAGCCUCCACUGCUGCACACAUAAUGAUCAAGACUUGAUGGCAGUCGCAGUAGACAAUGACAAUAACCAUCAUCAAGCUAAUGGCCACAGUAGGCAAUGUCUGAAGAAUCACAAGAAAGAUGUAGCUGCAGGAGUACAACAGCUAUCUCACAGAAAGUCCUCAAUACAGUCUGAUCCUGCACUGGCAAGCAAGAUAAACCAGAGUCUUGAAACAGCUUCGGGCAACAAGGACUCAAAUACAUGCAUUUGUGAAGAAGGUUUAAGAGAUGCGUGUUCAGUGCACUCAGAUUUGGAGCAGGAAGUAGGGGAAAAUUAUGCGAAAAUAAAUGAUGAACAUAUUACAAUUAGAUACUCAGCUCAUCCAAAUACCGAAAAAGCUGCAACUAUAGACUCAACUCAUUUGAAUACUACUCAAGAAAUAGUGAUGAAUGGCAUGCAUAACAAUCUGGAUCAUGAAACAGUAUUGAAUGAUUUGCACAAGAAUGCUGACAAAGUGACUGAAAUUUCAACUCUCAGUCAUUCAGAUCUGAUGAAACAAGAGUUGGUAGUUCAGAGAAAUGUUGUACAAUUCCCAACUGUAGACUCUAAAUCAGCUGCUGUAGGGCCACAGGAUUUGAGGAUAAUUGAACAUGAUACAGUCAUAUUAGAGACAGCAUCACGCAGUUCACCAGAAAAAUCUGACACUGUAUCAUUACAAUCUGAUAUAUCUCAUGCAGAAUUUCCAGUGUCAGGCUCUGCCUCGACUGAUUUAGUAGUGACUAAAUCAAAUGUGCAGAAUGUGACAAAACUUGAAAUGGGUGAAUUGCAAAGUAAAACUGAAAUUGGAAAAUAAAAUGUUUCUUAGCUUUGA